UGGAAGGGGGGGAUAGAUUGUUUUGGCCUUGGCAAUAAAUACUACAAGUUUCGUCUGUUUCUUCAACAAGGUGCGGGGAAUGGGCUUUUGGAGGGGAUACCGCGGCCGGUCAGUUACUGGGUUUGUGGGGGCGAGUGGACGGCGACGGAUGGAUUUGGCAGGGUCAAAAGUUUACAGAGGGCCGGAAAGACAAAAAAGGAAAAUUGCGAUUCUUACAGUGUCCCCUCAGGGCGGAGUUUCUUUCGAACCCACAACAAUGCUGUAUUGGCUCUCUUUUCGGCAAGGGGUCACAAAGGGGGACCUGUUUAUUUUCGCCUGGUCAAUCGCCUUGGGGGCGGCGCCCGCUUUCGAGUUCACACUCACGCAUACAGUUGUUUUCCAAUAUCGUCGACUCCGAAACUUGCGACACCAAAACAACAACCACACCAACAAGAACAUAACAACAACAACGGGCAGGAUCGGUUGACUGGGGCAUGGGUGGGCAGGUUUUGGAAUCUGGGGUCCGCGUGGGAAAGGGGGGAGCGGCGUGCAUAGCGAGGGAGUGUACAGGGUUAUAUCUUGGCCUUUGGUGCUCAUAAACGGCGGCUGGCGAUGGACGCCCUGUGCCCCGUUUUCUGUGCGUUAAUCUUGUCCUCUUUGCUUGUCGGCUGUUUCAAAUCCUGUCUUCCCCUCUUUUCCUCAUCUACCUGUCUAGUUUGCUCCAGAUUGAGGAAGUUUUCAUUAAUUUUUUCCCACGAGGUAAAAAGUCCGCUGUCAGGGCCGGGCUGAAGGGGAGUAAAGCGGAACAUCAGGGGGCGAAGGGGUGUUGGUUUCGAUCUGGAAGG